AUGCAGUGGAAUGUCGAAAACGAUGAGCUCGGAUUCCAGGAUGGCAUUAAAGAAAGUUCUUCAACUAGAAGAGGCGUGCUGAGAAUGGUGAGUUCAGUCCAUGAUCCGUUAGGUCUAGCAGCUCCUGCAGUAUUGCCAGCAAAGAUAAUACUUCAGAAUUUGUCUAGAGAUAAAUUGGAUUGGGAGGAAGAGAUUUCCAACAAGCAAUAUGCCAGUGAGUCUGGUUAUGGGACAGUUACUUAUAUUAGAAUGGUCAACCAGAAGAAUGAAGUUAAUUGUGCCCUGCUGAGUGGUAAGGCAAGAGUAUUACCACUGAAGACAAUUACUAUACCGCAUAUGGAGUUAACUGCUGCCACAGUGUCUAUAUGUAUAAACAGACUUCUGAAGAGAGAAUUGGAUUUACCAAUUACCGAAUCCUAUUAUUGGACAGACAGCCAAACUGUAUUAAGAUAUAUCAACAAUAAGACCGCCAGAUUUCACGCAUUUGUGGCAAAUCGAAUAUCUGUCAUUCAUAAAGGUUCUGAACCAAGACAGUGGUCAUAUGUUAGUACCAACGACAAUCCUGCAGAUAAGUGCUCAAGAGGGCAGCCAAUUGAAGAACAAGCGAUGGCUCAGAGGCCUAGAGUUCUUACGGAAAACAAAGCAGGAAUGGCCAAAUAA